UUUCGUCUUUCAGAGAACUCACAGUGACAUGAUAUGAUUUUCUCUAAAACCCUAGUUUCAAGUUUGAACCCCAUCGACACCGCAGUCUCCGAUAUUGGCCUCCCACGCAGCCUUCCCCUCGAAACCCAGAGAGAAAAAAAGCUUCUUUAGAUAAUGGGGGCAUACAAGUACGUGUCGGAGCUAUGGAGGAAGAAGCAGUCGGAUGUGAUGAGGUUUCUGCAGAGAGUCAGGUGCUGGGAGUACCGCCAGCACCCUUCCAUUGUGCGCGUCACGCAUCCUACCCGCCCCGACAAGGCUCGCCGCUUGGGCUACAAGGCCAAGCAGGGUUAUGUGAUAUAUCGUGUACGUGUAAGACGUGGCGGACGGAAGCGACCAGUUCCUAAGGGUAUUGUGUAUGGCAAACCCACAAACCAGGGUGUCACACAACUGAAAUUCCAACGCAGCAAGCGCUCGGUCGCAGAGGAGCGUGCUGGACGUAAACUGGGCGGUCUUAGGGUUCUCAACUCUUACUGGCUCAAUGAGGAUUCUACUUACAAAUACUAUGAGAUUAUCAUGGUUGAUCCUGCCCACAAUGCGAUCCGCAAUGACCCAAGGAUCACGUGGAUCUGCAAACCGGUUCACAAGCACAGAGAACUUCGAGGACUCACCUCUGCUGGGAAGAAAUACAGAGGUCUCCGUGGAAAGGGACACACGCAUCACAAGGCACGGCCUUCGAGAAGAGCAACUUGGAAGAGGAACAACACUCUCUCUCUUCGCCGUUACCGUUAAAUUGCAAGACAUUUUUGGUGCUUUUUUUAUUGUCUAGUUUUAUCGAUCUCUUGUAAGAUUUUAGUUUAAGAAACUUACGUUUUCUGAAUUAGAGUUGUUGAACAUGGUUGAUCUGGUUAUGCUCAAACUUCUCAGUUUUGUGCU